AUGCAAUUAAUGAGCUUACUACCGCCCGGCUACAACAUUUCUAAAAUCCCGCUCAGCGUUGUACAGGCUAUGGCUAACGAUCAAAUCCCCGAUAUAUCAAUACUACCCCAGGAUUUAAAAGAUUAUUUGCAGCUACAUGCUGAUAAGUUGCUUGAAGUGUUUGCUAAGCCAAAGAAUAACGUGACGUUGGACGAGAUUUUGGCUAAAAUUCCGAGCUUCAAUCGAACAAAACUCGAGACAUUUGAGCCGAAUUACCGGAAAAGGCACCUUCAACAAAGAUUCCAUAUCCAUUCACUGGAGAACCCGCAUCGGAUCUAUCCAUUCCCCGUUCCUUUCCUGAAACGUGGACCCAAUCUCUCUAAGUCAUCCUCCGUUCCACUUGGUACCCGUAGGAUCGAAGACCCGAGCCAGGCCCCAGAAGUCUUUUUUAAUAAUCAAACCACUUGCUCGUGCAGCGAUUACAUUGAUGGAGCCGUAAUCAAAUGCUCCGGACCCCAAGGGCCUGUACUUGUGGAACGUCUGAAGUCCAACCAUGUCGAGAUCCGUGAGCUAUCCCUCGAAAACGCCAACAUCGUCGAGAUUGGACCAAACGCCUUCAAGAACCUUCGGAUCAAGAAGCUCGUUUUGGACAAGAACCGCAUCACUGGGUUCCACAAGGAUGCUUUCCGUGGGCUCGAAAAUGUGUUGAUCGAGCUGUCGUUGCAGCAGAACCGUAUGCCCCAGGUCCCCACCGAUGCCCUCAAUGGACUUCGUGCCCUCCAAGUCCUCAACAUGCGUUGCAACAAAAUCGGAAACCUUACCACUUCCGCUUUCAACAACCUUCCAUCUUUGAUUGACAUCAAUAUGGGAUGCAACGAGAUCUGCAAACUUGAUGAGCACAGCUUCGAAGGUGUCCGCUCAACACUGCAGAACGUUAUCCUCGAUAGCAACUGCUUCACUGAGAUCCCCGUCAAGGCCAUCAAGGGAAUGUCCAACCUUAUCGGUCUCCACCUCAAGUACAAUAAGAUUAACAAGCUGGUGAAGGGAGACCUUACCGAUAUGCGCGCACUUUCGAUGCUUACCCUCACUGGCAACAAUAUUUCAUCCAUUGCCACCGAUGCCCUGGUGAACACACCCUCGCUUCGUUAUCUCUACCUGGCCGAAAAUGCUCUGAAGACGUUGGCCCCUGGUGUUAUGGCCCAAUUCAAGCAAGCUCAGGUUGUUGAUCUCUCAUUCAACGAUUUGGAGGAAGUGACCCCUGAGAUGUUCUCUGGACUCGAGUCUCUGCAGCACAUCAACCUCGAGUCGAACGCCAUCAGCAACCUGGCCCCUGGAGCUUUUGAGGGAACUCCCCUUCUCUUGUUGUGGCUGCCAAACAACUGCUUGACAACCCUAAACAAGGAGAUGCUCCGCGGAGUUAUGUUCCUCCGACAGGUUUCCCUGGCCAACAACAACAUUCACAUCAUCGAGCCUGCCUCCAUUGCCCAUUUGCGGGUAAAGGAGGAGGCUGAGCCAACCGAUGAGAGCGAGGAGGAGUAUGAAGAAGUUGAUGAUGAGGAGGAAAGCCAGACAAAAGCUUCGAAGGCCGCCACGACCCUGAAACCGAGCACCACCACCGAGGCUGAGCCUGAAGAGGAAGAGGAAGAGGAGGAGGAAGUCACUACCCCCAAGCCCCACCACAAGAUCAAUAUGGAGCGCUUCUGGCGAUUGGCCCAACACCCAUCACCCAACUCUCCAUUUAUGAGGCACCAAAAGGCCCUUGGCGUCAACACUGCACCCAAGGUUCUAAAGGGAGUCAGCGCUGAGGGAACAGAGAACAGCAGCACCGAGCGGAGGCGCAAGUUCUUGGGAACUGUUGCCCCGAAGCCGAGCUCGACCACCACUGAGGGACCUAAGGAGGAUGAGUACGAAGAAGAAUAUGAGGGCGAGGAAGAAGAGGAGACGGAGGAGAAGCCCGAGACUACGACUGCCCCAUCCAAAAAGGUUCCGUCCAGGGUACUUGAACGACAAAGAUGGAUGUCAAACAAGGGCUGGAAUUUCAAGUCCAGUGAAAAGGGCAGCAAACCCACUGAUGUGACUGAACCCGGUGUCGACUUUGACAAGGAUGCUGAAGAGGAGACCGUUCAGGUCGAUGAGGCUGCCCCCAGACAA